AUGACUACGCCUACCACCUCAUCUCUUCCAUUGCCCAAUAACACCAAUAACAAUCUCGGACGCGUCUCACCUCUUGACCCCUCUUUGAACCUCUCGCAAUCAUCUCCAUCGUAUAAUCCCAAUCAGUUUAAUCUGCAAGAUAAUCAACACGCUGGUCCUUCCUCCUUUCCUCGUCCUCCUCCACCACACCUCAAUAAGAACGGAUCUACAAUACGGCCUCCACCAGCUCAUCAACCUGUAGCGGGUCCCUCUCGUCCCCCUCCCCAUCAACAACCCAAUCAAUUUCAGCAGCAGUAUGCCGCUUUGAACGGUUUGCCCGGUCAGCAGCACCAGAAUGGUGGAUCUCAGUCUUUCAACAAUGGGGACCCGUCUAUACACGCGAGAUUGCUCUUAGCUGCUCAGCAACAAGCUCAAGCCUCAGCCGCAGCAGCAAAUGGGGCCAGUGCCGCUGCAGGAGGGAAUAUCCAAAGGCCACCUGGUAUGUCUGAUCUAGCCACUAUGGCGAAUAACAUGCCGGGGAAUAGAGAAGCUAUCAUGAAACAACUGCAGGCUCUUCAAACUUCUCAAGCUCAACGGGCUAGAUUGGCUCUCGCGCAACCGCAAGUAGGAGGACAGUCGCACGCUGUGAUCGGGUCACCUGCUCCUCCGACAGCACCAUCUCCUGCCACCAUGACGGCUCCCUCGCCUGCUGGGGCAUCGCAAAAUCAACAGUUUCAACUCAACCAAACGCAAUCUGGUCAAUAUCCUCAGGACGGUACUAAUCAACCAGACCAGUUGUGGCAGCAAAAUGAGCAGCAGCAGCAGCAACAACAACAACAACAACAACAGCAACAAGCAACCAUGUCGAAUGGAUCUGGGAUAGGUGGAAAUGCUGGAACGCAGAUACCUCCGCAACAGCGAGAUUUCCUCGCCGCUCAACAGGAAAGAAUGAGAGCUGCUCAACUGUCCCAGAUUCAACGGCAGCAGUCGUCUAAUCAACAGCAACAGAUAUCUCAAGAUCAAUCACAAGGGUCUCAGCAGACACAAAAUCCUCAUCCAGGUCAAUUAUCAUUACCGCCCAACUCUAUCCCACAGCCGUCUUCAGGGCAGCCUCGACCUCCCGGGCAAUCGAAUCCCAUUCGACCCCCUCCCAAUGCUGCCGCACAACGGCAAAGUUUCAUCAAUUCUUUAGCUUCCUUCUACAAGCAAACGAAUCAACCUCUACCUCAAGCAAUAUUCAAUGGCGAAAGAGAUGGAGCUUUCAACGUUGGAGGAGCAUGGGUAGAUGUCGUGGAACUCAUUAUGACGGUAAUGAAAUCCGGCGGUAUCAUGAAUGUUAUGCAACAAGGGCAUGAUCAACCGGUAUGGCGACAUUUGAUACAAGGCAGAAACAUACCUAAUCCUCUACCUCAACCGCUUGUACUGCCGAAACCAUCUAAUGCGGAUCCCAAUUCACCUAAUCAGUUGACCACCAACCCAAUUCAAUACAUUGUUACUGCUUACAUUGCUUGGCUUCAAGCUUUUGAGCUACACAUGAAUAGGCAGAGAGCACAGGUAGCUCAGAGACAACAAGGUGGACCAAUUGGAAGACCUCCUUCCCACGGUGGUAUGCAGACGCCGAACGUGAACGGUAUGCAAGCUGGUUAUGGUCAACCACUGCAGUUCACCGCUCCUUCGCCCAUCGCUACCUCGUCUAAUGCACCCACACCCGCAGGGAUGGUUCCCCCAUCUCCUACAUCGGCUUUCAUGCACAAUGCGGCUUCGCCUGCCCCUAUGGGUACUCCUCCGGUGACGCAACCGAGGCAGACAUCCGGCAGAGGGAGAGGAAGAGGGCGUGGAAGGGGACGAGGGAAAAAGCAUGACCUGUCCACCCGAAACAUUCCUGCUCCAAUACUUACCGGUAUUGCUUCCGCUACCUCUCUACCAUCCGCAACAAUGGGUACGCCAGAUACAGGCCACAAACGCAAGAGGGAAAAGAAGGAUAAAGGGAUACAUUCCGCCGAAAAUUCGACGCCGUCCACUCCUGCGAUCGGUCCCAUGCAAAUUCAGACGCCCUCUAUACCUAUUGAACGCCCUCCAACGCCGAAAAGAGCAAGAUAUCGAGUCGAGUAUCGUCCGAUACAUAAGGUCGAAAGCUAUCUUGGAGGAUGGGAUCAAAAUCUUGUUUCUGCAACUUUUGCGAAGAACUCAUUGACACAGGGUACACGGCCAAUCCAUGACUUGACUGUGGUGGAUAUGGACAGUAUCCUGAUGAGCCUUCGUUCGAGAUUACCUCACGAAGUUGGUUAUGCGGUGACUGUAUUAUCGAUGCUGUCAAUGCCCCAUCCAGAGGAAAACGUUCAAGGUUUACCUCUUUUCCAUCUGCAAGAGAUAUUUCAGGAGGUCAUUGAAUUAGUAAAAGAUGCUGCAUUCGGAGAAGAUGGAUGGGAAGCAUGGCAAAAACAGAGCGAAGAUGCAGAGUUGGCACGACCGCCGGUUGGCGGUGAAACCAGCUUCGGCGCGAAAAUAGAUCUGAAUCAAGUAUCUUUCCUUGAAAUGGAGCAGCUCGGUCGUGAUUUCGACUACUCUCUGGAUGAAGAUGAAGAUCUCAAUUCACUGAAACCAAGGGAACAGUCCGGGGGUCAAACGGAUAUCAUUUUAGCAGGGUUAAACUUGUUGAGAAACUUUUCUAUGUAUCCUGACAACCAACCUAUCAUGGCAUCAUUCACUGAUCUGUUCGAAUUAUUGGCCUCGGCGUCAGACGCAAGAUUGUGUCGAUUACCCGGUGAAACCAUCUCCGACAGACCGCGAAAGCCUUAUUCAAUCCUGGAGUUGGCUCGAAUAAGGAGAGAUACGGUUAGUAUCUUGACCAAUAUUGGAUCUCUCAUAAAUCUUCGAAACGUCUCAGCCAAAUCUACCAUCGCUGUGUUUCGUCUAUUAUCAACAUUUCUCAAUUCAGGAUUUGAAUCUUUAUCUCUUAAAGAACCGAUAUUUGGACCGUCAACUUCAAUUUCGUUGUCAGAAGUCAGACCACCAGUAAAUCAUUCACUCAAUCGAGCAUUAGAAGCGUUUUGUAAAUUAUCUUCUACCGACACCAACCGCGAAAUUAUCGGAUCGAAAAUACAAUCAAGAGAGUUGAUACGAUUGUACGAAAGUAUCCUCAAACUUUUCCCAAUCACCAAAAGACAAGUGGAUUCAAUGCAUACUAUCGAAGAUUAUUUAGGUCAAUAUGAAUGUUUAUCUCUAUCUUUAUAUUCCUUGGUAUUCUUAUCGUCUCCAUCGACCAGGACGAUGAUGAGAAACAUGCCAGGAUCAUUAUCAGUGAUAACGAGAACGAUAUUUGAUACGGCACUUCAAAAAAAUGACUUCAAGACUAAUCCAUUUGGUAUACUCUGUAGAAGAUUAUGUGAAACGUUGGGUAUAUUGAAUGGCAAUGUAUCCGCGAAUGGAAUAGUAGAAGGUACGAUGUCAUUCAGCGGUGGUGGGAUUGAUGGAUCAGGCUGGAAAUUCGCUUCUAAGAAAAUUGAAAAAGGUUGGUUGGCAGGUUUAUCAGAAGAAAUUUUAGGUGUGGUCAUGAAUGUCAAAGCUCUAGAUUUACCUGCUUUCAAUGAAUUAGAAGGUAUGUGUUGGGGUACUGAGUAG